ACACUCGUUCAUUUACCCGCAACUGACAGCAAUUUGGCAAUUGGUGUCAUCAUUCCAUCAUCCAAAUUUUCGUGCAUCAAAAUUAUUCGUAUUUUCAACCAAAAACAAACAAAUUUCAAGAAUUAACAUGCAAUCCCCAAUCAACAUCACCGAAGAGCUGAUAUCACAACAUUUUACACCGUUCUAUUUUUGCGGUUACAACCAAAUGUACAACGCGGCUAUAACUUACACAGAACACGGAAUAAAUAUUAAUUUUCUGGAUUCGGAAUUGCCCAAAGUUUCGGGGGCCGGACUGUGUAAAGAGUAUGUUUUAACUGCUUUAAACUUUCACUGGGACUCGGAACAUUUAAUCGACAAUCAAAGGUACCCUCUCGAAGGCCAGUUGAUUCAUUACGCCAAGAAAUAUGAAAAUUUCAAGAAUGCAUUGAAUUAUAAAGACGGUGUUGCUAUUUUCAGCACAUUUUUCACUAUAACGGAGAAUUCAAACGAUGCGUUUGAAAAUUUAAUCGAAACGAUUCCUGUGAUACGAAUGAAAAUUGACCAUCCGGUCGAAUUACUGCAACCAGUUAUACCGCGACAAUUCUUAAGCGACAAAAUUGGCAAGUUUUAUCGGUAUAACGGGUCUCUAACAACGCCCUGUUUCGACGAAACUGUGAUUUGGACGAUUUUUUCAACACCUAAUCAUUUAUCGCAGUCACAAUUGGAAAGGUUGCAAAAAAAUUGGGAGCAUUUAAAUAAGCCUCGAACAUGUAAUUACAGGGAACUACAGGACGAUAAUGACCGGAGGAUAUAUUUCAGUGUGAUUUGAGGGAAAACUACGGAAAGUGACAGGUGAAUACAGUUACAUACAAUUAAAACAUUUAAAAUAAAUUCAAGUCUUACAGCUUUACGACACGUUCUCAAGUAUAAAAAUACAAAAUAUAACGAAUACUUAUUUAAGAAUACUCAGUUUAAUACUACGUUUUAAGUCUAAAAACAUACACAUUGAUACGAAUUGAUAAAUUGUGGAAUGUUGACACAUACUGCAAAUACAGGGUGUUUUCAAAUGUUUCUCAACACCCCAAAAUUAUCAAGUAUUUUAUCUUAAAUACUGUAGAUUUGUAAAAUAAUACUCAGCGGAUUAUUUACAACAAAGAUCACAAUAAAAUAAUUAAAAAUUAAA